CAGGGCAUCACCAACCAAAUCUGGUCAACAAACACAGAGUCACUGUCGCAGUUGGUCGAACAAAUACACCACACCAAUGGCGUCAAAACGAUAUGCCUUCGUCCCCAUGGACGAUGAGCCUGCUGCUCCAUCCAAGAGCGACAGGAAAGACCGAGACAGAGACAGCAAAAGGGACAGGAAACGCGAUCGAUCCAGGUCGCCGCGCCGACACAAGAGUAGGCGACCCGAUGACAGCGACUCUACCCGACGCCGGUCCCGCUCGCGAUCACCACGCAAGGACGACAGCCGAUCAGACUCGAGACGCGAUCGCGAAGACCCCAAGAUGUCAGAUCUCAGACUCAAGUCCCGAUACGACUACCUGAAGAAGAGAGAGGCCGAGAAGCUUGCCCUCCUACGAAAACAAGUCGCUGAGGAAACUGCCGAGUUGCGAUCCGGUGUUCGUCUGUCUGAAAAGGAAAAGGCCGAAUUUGCGAGAAACCGGGAAAUUCUGCGCCUGGCCGAGGAGCGAGCACGCAUUGACGACUACCAAGACGGCUAUCGCCUACCGGACCAAUAUGGCACCGACACCAAGAAGAAAGAGGAGGCUCUAUACCAACGCCAUGUCGAGAGAGACGAGUAUGGUAACGAAAAGAUGGUUACCGAAUACGACGAGUGGGAGCGCGAGCAGACCGUCAAGGCCAAGGCGCAAAUCGCAUCGCGCGGCGAGCGCGAAGAUGGGGGAGAAUACGACUUCUUGCUGGACGAGGAUGCCAUCAACUUUGUCCGUGAUGCUGCGGCCAAGUUUAUACAACCCACCGACGGCCUAACGCCGGAGCAGAGGAUCUUGAAGGAGAAGAUCGAGGCGGCCGAGAGAGCGGCCAAGUCGAUACAAGAAGUGCGCAAGAGUCUUCCCGUCUAUGCUUACCGAGAUGCUUUUCUGGAUGCCAUCAAGGAUCCCGUCGGCACAACAGGGCAGUCCACGCUCGCCGUUGUGCCGUGCUCACGAGCGGCUGCGAACCAGCGUAUGGGUCGUGCCGGUCGUGUCCGUCCAGGAAAAUGCUUCCGUCUGUAUACCAAAUUUGCUUACCUCUCUGAAAUGGACGAGUCACCGACACCCGAAAUCCAACGAACUUCGUUAUCGAGCGUUGUCCUCCAACUCAAAGCGCUCGGUAUCGAAGAUCUUUUGAGUUUUGACUUCCUUGACCCCCCACCAACCGAACUCCUCAUCAAGUCCCUCAACAUGCUCUACGCCUUGGGAGCCCUCAACUCCGCCGGCCAACUUACCCGCGUCGGCCGGCAAAUGGGCGAAUUCCCCGCCGAACCGAUGCUAGCCAAGGCGCUCAUCGCUGCCACGGCCGAGGGCUGCGUCGACGAGAUGCUCACCAUUGUGUCCAUGCUCGGCGAAGUAGCCACUCUGUUCUUCCGCCCCAAGGACAAGAAGGUGCACGCCGAUAGCGCGCGCGCCCGCUUCACUGUCAAGGACGGCGGCGACCACUUGACGCUCUUGAAUGUCUACAACCAGUGGGUCGACGCCGAUUACUCCCCCAUCUGGGCCAAGGAGAACUUCCUCACCCAGCGUUCGCUCACCCGCGCUCGUGACGUGCGCGACCAGCUCGCCAAGCUGUGCGAUCGCGUCUUGGAAGGGUCCACAUCUACCUGUGGCGGAGUCUCCAACAUGCAGCCCAUCCUACGGGCGCUCACAGCAGCCUUCUUCCUCAAUGCCGCCAGGCUAAAUCGAGGCGGAGAUGGAUACAGGACGCUGAAGAAUAACAUGACGGUGUAUGUACACCCGAGCUCGGUGGUCAAGGGGAUGGACCCACCACCAAAGGUUAUCAUUUAUCAUGAGCUGGUGGUGACGACGAAGGAGUUUGUGAGGAGUGUGAUUCCGAUUGACCCGAAGUGGUUGACGGAGUUUGGUGGGCAUUAUUAUGAUGCUAAGGAUGUGGAGAGUAUGACGGUCAAAAAGUUGCCUAAGGAGAGGAAAUACUGAUGGGUAGAAAUGAUAGUGAGUGGUUGGAAGUCUGUUUUGUUUGUCUCAAAAGCGAAUGGCAUAUGGGGACAUGGCGUUUGGAGCGUUUUUGGGAAACUUCCGUUGGUGAUUAGGGGUUUGUUUACUUGCAACUACAUUUGGUAGCUACUGGUGAUCAGUACUCAAGAACUCACGCACAGUUGUAUCAAAGCAAUGAAAACAGAAUGACAAAUAUCUGAUU